AUGGCUCCCUUAAAAACUCCUUCCGCUCUCCGAAAACUCCUCGUGACUCUUCUCCUCUUCUGCCUCCUCCCCGCGCUCGCUCCGGUGCGCGCGUUCGAAUUCGACUGCGCGAACGAGGUCCGCGAGAGCGUUUCCGUCCUGAGCUUCUGUAACGGCGACGGAUGGCGCUACUCGUGUCUCUAUGGCGGCGGUUACUCCACGGACGGCUCGGGCGAGUGCACGCGUGUUCAGGCCGGCGCGCUGACCUGCGAGGACUGCGAGGGGAACGCGCACGACCUCCCGCGCUGCUGCGAUAUAGACCUCUCCGGUUACGAGUUAAGCGCCGGAAUACAGGCCAACACGUAUGACACCGAGUGGGGAAUCACUCUCUUGCAGUGCCCGGGGAAUUCUGACUGUGGCGACUUUGGUUACCCGCAGUGUCACGGGGGUGGGUUUGACGGGAUCACCCCGUACUGGGUUAAUCAAUAUUCCUAUGACAGAGGAUACGAUUACUGCCCCGAAUCAAGUGGAGCGAUGCUGCGCGCGAUGGAGCCCCGCGCGCACAGCAGCAGCGGAGUGCAGUUGCGCGAAUUAGAGCGUCCCGUGGCGGAGAUCCGCGCAGAACCGCCGCACCCGAUCGCUCCCCUCGGCGACGGCGCACUGGCGGGCGGAAAAAACAAGAUGAGCCGCCGCCUAUGGGGAAGCGGGCGCCCCUGGUCUCCCCCCAAGAUGUAUAGCCGCCGCCUGUAUGGGAGCGGGCGCCCGUGGUCUCCCCCGAAGAUGUACAGCCGCCGCUUGUGGGGAAGCGGGCGCCCGUGGUCUCCCCCCAAGAUGUACAGCCGUCGCCUGUAUGGAAGCGGGAGGCAGUGGUACCCAUAA